CAGCUGGACAGCAGGAGCUCUGUGCACAUACUGCAGUGCUGAGCUGCAGUCACUGCGCUUGUGUGUGUGUGUGUGUGUGUUUAUAUGUGUCAGACAGCUUUUAUCACUGCUACUGCUGCUGCCACUCCAGACUGAAUGCAAGCGGAAGGGGGAGUAGAGAGAGAGGGAAGGAGGGAGUGUAUAGGCCUUGCCAAAUAAAGCCAUGGGGGCCUGGGCAGUGACAGCCCUUUCUACACUAUAAAUACGUUGUUUUUCUGCCGGUUCGGGUUUGGAGCCUGGAGCUCUGGACCAGCCCAGCUCAGGAGAUUCUCAUCCGCUCUCAGGCCUGUCACUAUGCCCCGGGUGGAUGCUGACCUCAAACUGGACUUCAAAGAUGUCCUUUUCAGACCAAAGAGGAGCAGUCUGAAGAGCAGGUCUGAGGUUGACCUGCAGAGGACCUUCACAUUCCGGAACUCAAAGCAGACUUACAAUGGCAUCCCAAUCAUCGCUGCUAACAUGGACACCACCGGCACUUUUGAGAUGGCACAGGUGCUCAGCAAGCACACUCUCUUCACAGCCAUCCAGAAGCACUACUCCCUGGAAGAGUGGAAGACUUUUGCAGCCAGUCAUCCAGAGUGCCUUGAGCAUGUGGCGGCCAGCUCGGGCAGUGGAGCAGCGGAUCUGGAGAAACUGUGCAGCAUCCUGGAGGCCAUUCCUCUCAUCCAGUACAUCUGCCUGGAUGUCGCCAAUGGCUACUCUGAACACUUUGUGGAGUUUGUAAAAAGAGUUCGGGAAAGGUUUCCAAAGCACACCAUCAUGGCGGGAAAUGUGGUGACAGGGGAGAUGGUGGAGGAACUCAUUCUGUCUGGAGCUGAUAUCAUUAAAGUGGGCAUUGGGCCAGGUUCUGUAUGCACCACACGCAUUAAGACCGGUGUGGGAUAUCCUCAGCUGAGCGCUGUUAUCGAGUGUGCUGACUCGGCCCAUGGACUGAAGGGACACAUCAUCUCUGUGAGGCUCUUUAAAUGGCUAUCACUACUGUUAGCAUGUUACCAUGCUGUAAUGCAAUGUAAUGUAAUGCAUGAGACUGAGAGGUGGGAACCCACAAAACAAUGACAUCACACUACCGCAAGAGGGCAGCAUCCUCAAUUCAAUUCCAGUGUUUCCCUAUCUUUUCAGUUUUA